UACUCUUGGCUUCAGUUUCAGAUGGCUGCUGCUGGUGGUGGUCGUCCUACAAAUUUAUCGAGCCGAAAAGUUUCCGUACGGUUAUACACUUUUCAACAGUGUCGCACUCCGGAAGAGUUUUUCCGACUUUCAUUCAACAAACUGCUGAACGUUCCGCCGUCUACUCUUUCUGCAGUGAAGGAUGAUGUCUCUAAAUACUUCACAGGAACGGGAGCGAGAACUAGCUUAAAUGAGAUGCCCGAAAGUCCGUUCCAACGAUGGUGUCUUCCACGGAAGAAAAAGAGUGGUGCUUCCACAGAAAGCGAACUACACGAGAAUCUUGUAAAUUUCGUUCCUGCUUGGUUGCUGAUUGUGAAGCAAAACAUGAAGCAGCUGGUAAGGACAGUAACAGGCAAACAGCAGCAGAACGUCGGGAGACUGUACAAGACAUUGCAUAUGCUUGGUGGCGUCAUGACUUCACGUGAUGUAAAUGAUGUUGCAAAGGCUGGACACUUACUUGUGGCAUUGGGAAGAGGAGCAAUACGAAUCUCCUCUGAUUUCCGAACAUUUCUGUGGGCGUGGUUUUCUCACAGUUAUGGUGGGUUGCACAUUUUAGAAUCACUCUAUUUUACUUAUUGUGACUGUGGACUGGAACGAAUUCCUAUUAUUGAUCUUAUUCUUUCGUUUAGUCAAGGCCAUCUUCAGGAUUUUUUCAAGAAUGCUUUGCCAGCAAAACUUGCAUCUCCUCGCACAUUCCUCUCGUUUGUUCACCAACUGCUUCACAUGGCCUCCUCUGACCAGCUGUCGAUGCUGUUCUGUAGAGAACCCGAGGUGUCUAAGCAUGUGUUGGACUUUGCUCUUCAUUACAGUGGCCCCACAUUAGCCAUUAGUGAUCGUAUAGAAGCAAUCACAUUGCUUGCCAAAAUGUGGCUUUGUCUUCCUAAGCAAAUGGAGUUAUCACCCGGAGCAACAGAGGCCGUUUUGGAUACGUUCAAAAUGACAUGCAGAGACCCAAGAUCAUCUGAAGUUCAAAUUGUGUCCCAUGCUGUUUUAUUUUCUCUCUUUGAUGCAGCUAUUCAGAAUCAGAUUAGUUCAGAGUUUCAGUUCACUGUUUGGGAUAUGCUGGUCUUCUCAAUGUUUGGCAACCGAUCAUUCCAGCAUGUCUAUCGUUUUAUCGUAGCAAGUUUUUGUGAGUGCCUUCAGAAGCAUAUGGAUUUUAAUGUAGGAUCAAUUAUAGAACAAGUAACUCGACAAGUGAAGACCUCAGGACUGCUAAUGGUGGAUAUUGACCUUUUUCUUGUUCUGGCACAGCACACAGCUUUAGAUGUCACACAGGCUCUCGUACUUCUUCAACUUCUGGGGCAGAUAAUGUCUAGUGAUGUCAUCUAUGGUCGUGAGGUAUCUAUUCCUUUUAUUGUCUUACUCUGCCGAUAUAAACAGGAAACCUCUGUUGUAAGAUUUCUUUGUGACUUCGCUCGAUCUCUAAUUGAGUCUUUGAGAGUAACUGAUGACUCAUCUGUUCUUGUAAGUCAGCUCACUUAUGAUGACUAUCACAAGAGGGUUUUGUCUAUUGAAAUACUUGCAAAGAUACUACAUCUUCAGGAGGAAGAAUUUGAACCUUUGGUUGAUGAAGUUAAGGAACUUCUUGCCACAACUGAUGAUUUGCAUCUUGAUGUUCACAGUUUAGGUUACUUUAUUCCAGUAGAGACAGAUGGACAGCCAGCUGAAGUGUAAGGACACGACAUGAUAUCAGGUGUAACAACUUGUUAAGGCUUAGCUUUUGCAAGUUUUCUUUCACACUGGGCAGUAGAAGUCCUACACUAUACACAACUAAAUAUUCCCGAGUUUUUCUAUUUGUACUUCAGAUUACAGUGGAUGUGAAGAUGGCAUUAUUUUCAAAAAAGAGGUUGAAUUACAGGAGUGGGAUUCCCAUCUCCUCUAGUCAAAUUGAUGAAAAAAAGCAAAUAUAGCAUUCAUAAGUAUAAUAUAAAGCACUGAAGACUACCUGUACAAAUAUCUAUAGAAAAUGUCUCAUAUGUACUGACAAUUUAAAUUGACACAGUGAUAGUGACUGGAUCGAACAACAACGCGUAGGAGGAUGUUCUCAAACAUUCAUCAGCAUGCAGGCAAAUAUGCAUCUUG